AGCGGCGACGUGGCCGCGCGCCCGCGCCCCUCCGCCAGCGCCAGUCCGCCCCGCGGCGUCGAGUGAUGCGCCGGUGUGUCGCGUGUCCCCUCACUUCACCGUUUAGUGUCCGACCUCUGUAACCGACCGUUUAUGACUUUCGACAACCCCGCCCUGUGCAUUUUUCCGAGUUGCAUUUCGAUCAGUGCGAAGAGUGCGUCGGCAACGGGCGAUCUGCGGAGGUGUCGGUCGCUCCCCCCGCAUUUAUUUAUGUUGUCGUUUUGGUGUAGUGAAUAUUUGUGUUGUACGGACUAUUACCGUAUUAUCUGUGCGAUCGAGUCAACUGGAUAUUUUUAAAGAUCGACACUUUUAUCGUGAAGAGGCACGGGUGCGGGCCCGUGUGUGCGUUCGCGCCACUCACUCAAACACACAGACGCAAAGUGUUCACGCCAUAGCGCGGCCGUUGAACCGAAUACUCGAGGAAUUUCUCCAACGCAGCCACUUCGCUUGCAGACGAAGAAGAAAAUAACGACAGGUGGAGAGUUGUUUGGUGGCGUGUUAGCGCAGCGCAUGCGGCGCGGCACGCGUGCCAUGCGCUGUUAGAGGCGCGAUGGUCGGCGUGGGCGUGGCGGAGGGCGGCGCGGGCAGCGGAGGCCCGGCUGACGGCUACUACGGCGAGUACUAUCCGCCGGAGCCCUACUACGUGCCGCAGGAGAUGUGCCCGCAUCCCCAGCAGCACCCCCAACAUCCGCACAUGUGCACAGUGCACGCUGAUUAUGGAGGCAUGCCUGUGGUGACGAUGCCGCAGCUGAUGCCACAAGUGAUGGACUACCUCGUGGCGCCGCACCCCCAUCCCCACCACCCCCCGCACCACCAGCCGGGACACCACCAGCCGCCGCACCACCAACCACCCCCGCAUCAUCAGCCGCCUCACCCUUAUGGUCCAACCAAUGGUGCAGGCGGGCCGCAGCACUUCUACAGUGCAGGCUACCCACCUCACUACCACCAUGUUCCGCAGCACCAUAUGCAGCACUCCCCUCCACCGGCUGUGUAUCAGAAAGAUGAGCGAACACAGCAGAGAUACACCAAGCUCAAACAGAAGUUAGAUCGUAAACAAGCCAAUAGGAAUAAUGGGAUAGAAGUGAACUCGGGCGCGAGUACUCCAUCGCUGUCCCCGCGCAAGGAGAUGAACGGUCGCGGCAGCGGCAGCGGCGGCGCGUCCUCGGGCGCCUGGUCCGAGGGCGAGGGCUCCUCGGCCGGCGCCUCCGUGCAGGGCGACGACGAGAACGACAUGCAGGCCAUACUCGAUCUGCUCUCCGCCACCCGAACGCCGCAGGUGAGUGACAUAACCCCAACGAGUGCGCUGGUGCAGUGGAACUCCCCGCACCCCGAGGGCGUGGCGCUGCCCAGCCUGGAGCUCACGUACGACCUGCUGCUGGGCGACCGCGACGUCAAGAGGUACAAGGCUAUAUACAGCGGGCCCUCGCUCUCGUGUCGAGUUCGCGACCUCCGUCCGGGCUGCGAGUACUCGGUGUGCCUGCAGAUCCGCGCGGGGUCGUUGACGGGCGCGGCCAGCGACGCGGCCACGUUCCGCGCGCCCCCCGCCCCGCCCGCCGCUGCCCCGCCUCCGCGCGUCACACAGCGCACGCGCUCCUCGCUGCAACUCCGCUGGAAUGCCGCCACAGACAACGGCGCGCGCAUACAGAACUAUAUCGUGGAAAUGGACAGCGGAGAUGGCUUUCAGGAACUAUGCAAGCCGCGUACCAAACAGCACACCGCCAACAACUUGCGGCCGCAGACGAAGUACCGUUUCCGAAUCGCGGCCGUGAACGAGUGCGGCCGCGGCGAGUGGAGCGACGAGGUGGUGGAGUGGACCGCUGGCUCCCCGCCCCCCGCGCCCGCCGCGCCCGCCCUCCGCACCGCCUCCGCCACCGCCCUGGCCCUCGCGUGGGAACGCAGAAACGACGAAGACUUUGUCUUACAAAUGGAUGACGUCACGCGGGGACAUGGCUUCUUGCCGGUGUAUUCUGGCCCAGAGAAGAGCUACGUGUGCGCCGGCUUGCGAAGAGCUACUGAGUAUAAGUUCAGGCUUCGAUGUGAGACGAGUGAUGGCCAGGGUCCGUGGUCCCCGGAAGUGGCGUACCGGACGUUGCCGGAGCGGCCGGGGGCGCCGGGAAGGCCGGUGCCCCGAGGCAAGGUGCACUCGCGCGCCUUCCGCCUGCGCUGGGACCCGCCGCCCGACGACGGCGGCGCCCCCGUCAGCAGCUACACGCUCGAGCUCGACGCCGGGGACGGAUACCGGCCGGCUUAUCAGGGUCCCGAGCGCGAGGCGCACUGCGAGCGACUGCAGCCGGGCACGGCGUACCGCGCGCGCGUGCGCUGCGAGAGCUCCGCCGGCGCCAGCGACUGGUCCGCCGCGGAGACUGUGCCCACCGAGCCCGCGCCGCCCGCCGUCUGCCCCGCCCCGCUCGCCUCUGCCCCGCCGCGUCCCACGCUGCUGGCGCUGCGGUGGACUCCGCCCGACUCCGACGGCGGGGAGCCGCUCACGGAGUACCGCGUCGAGUUGGCCGAAGCCGACGAUGGCGCAACUCGCGUAGCUUACACCGGUAUCGCUCCAGAGUGCGUGGUCCGGGAGCUGACUCCGGGCCGCAGAUACCGCGUAUGGGUCAUCGCCUGCAAUCGUGUGGGCCCCGGCCCCGCCUCCCCCCCGCUGGAGUUCUCCACCGCGCCCGCCCCGCCCGACGCCCCGCCCGCCCCCACCGCUACUAUAGAAACACCGCGCUCCGCUCGCCUCGAGUGGACCUCUCCACCCGACAACGGCGCCCCCAUAGUCGACUACCGCCUGGAGAUGAGCGUCUCCAACGUCGACGACGCGUUCGCUGAAGUCUACCGCGGCGUCAGCACCGCGUGCGUCGUUAACAAACUGACUCCAUUUUCGCCAUAUUUCUUCAGAGUGUGCGCUACCAACUCGGCGGGGAGGGGCGCGUGGUCCCUCGUGCGGGAUCUGUUCACCCCCCGUGCGCCCCCCGCCGCCCCCUCGGGCCUCAAGCACGAAGCGACCGCCGACAGCUUGCGACUCUACUGGCGAACGCCCGCCGACCACGGCGCCGAGAUCAUCAAGUACAGAGUUGAGGUCGACAGCUCCUCUUUCGAGACGGAAGGGCCCACGCCCGAGCGGGUCGUGGAGGAGCUGACGCCGGACACGGUGUACCGGGUUCGUGUAGCUGCGCUGAACGAGCUGGGGCUGGGUGACUGGUCGGAGGAGGCGCGGGCGUGGACGCGGCCGACGCCCCCGCCGCCGCCGGAGCUGCGGCUGGCGGCUGCGGCGCACAACUACCUGAAGCUGGAGUGGGCCGGCGCGGCGGCCGGCGCCGGCGCCGGCACGCAGUACUGCGUGGAGAUGCGCGGCCCGGACGGCCGAGAGUUCCGGCACGUGUACCGCGGCUCCGCCCGCUCCUGCAAAGUCAAGAAGUUGCGCGAAGCAACCACAUACACCUUCCGGAUACAGGCGAGCGACGAACGCGGCGGUCGCGGCAGCUGGUCGGGCGGCGUGUGGUACAGCACGCCGCCCGCGCCGCCGCCCGCCCCGCGCCCGCCCGCCCUGCAGCCCAGCCCCGCCUCCGCCUCCGCGUCCGCCCACGCUUCGUCCGCGACCGCGCCGUCCGCACGCGCCGCACUCGUCGCCUGGGACGCCCUAGACCACGCGGAGUACGUGCUGCAGUGCGCACGCGCUAAGGAUGCUGUCUUCAAACAGGUAUACGCGGGCAGCGAAAACCAAUUCCAACUGGAAGAUCUGGAGGCCGGCGCGGAGUACCUCCUCCGGGUGAUGGCCGUGCGGGACGGACUGUCGAGCGCGUGGUCCGGGACCGCGCGGCUCGUGGUCCCGGCGGGCCCGGCCCCGCGGCCCCGCCGGCCCCGCGCCGCCGGCCGCGCGCUCACGCCGCGCCAGACGGCGCUGCUGAUGGCGGCGGGCUUCCUGAUGCUGGCGGUGGCGGUGGCCGUGCUGGUGCAGCGGCUGGUGGAGCCCCGCCCGUGACAGGCGCUCGUGGCGGCCCGCCCGCGCGCGCUGGCGCGGAUCUAGCGCGCCGCCCCCCCUCACCACGAGAUCACGCUCAAUGAUCAGUGCCCGCGAGUCCGGAGUGUCGCUAUUGCUCGAAAUUCGCUAGUGCCGAGUGUUAAUUAUUUAUAUGUACAUAUUAUGUAGAUAUCAUAUCGACGAUCGUGGAGUGCUCCCGUGAUGCGAAUUUGUGUAUUUUCGAUUGAUUGACCGCCGCAAUCGUUCAUUUGCGAUCAAGUCGCGGAGUUUAUUUUUGUCAUAGCUAGAUUUCUGCCACGGGUGGUUUGCGCCGAUCGGCCUAGCACACGUUUUAUAAUCAGUGUUGGUGUUUCAAAUACUUCUGUGAAUAUUAUAAGCCUUCAUGCAUGUGUGUGUGAAGUUGCUGAAUUUUUAAAUGUAUGUUACGGUGGAAGCCUUUCCUUCUGUCUUGUAUGUAACUAUCUCGUAAACUUUCACAAAUCUUCAUUAUCUAGUCUAUCUGCAACUUGUUAUUUCAUUUGCUUUUCCCAAGCGACAAGAAUAAUUUUAUUUAUUAUAUAUCUAAUAAUAAUGUUUGUUUUAAUAGUGAUAUAAAGUGUACUUCCAAUAUUUUACUAUUAUUAGUAUACUUGACUCUUGUAUGUUUUCCAUACAUUAGAUAUAUUUUAUAAAAUCAUUCAGUCUGUUGCAUGUUUUUUAUCAGGUUUAAGUAUAAGAAAUUAGUAAACAAGGUGCUCUAUUAUUAAAGUUCUGUUAAGUGGGACUUGGUCCCCGUCUGCAACGAGUUUCCAGUGUGUGUGCUGUGAUCACUUCCUUAUGCGAAUGAGACUGAUUUUACAAGUAACUGCUUUGUUUAUAGAAAUGUUUCAAACGCUUUCGUAACACUUUUGACAUUAGCUGUAUUUUGUGCUGUCCAUGCCGACUCACCGGUUAGAUGUAGACACGUGGCAUUCUAUGAUUCAAUGCUGGUAUGAAAAUGGGAAAUUAUGGAUGUGUCGGUCCCUUUAUUUUGGUAUUUUUUACUCAAAGUAUUAGCCCUAUAAUGGCACUUGACUAAGCGCGAAUUCGUCGCGUGCGCAGCACAGACCGGACAGACAUUACAAUCCGACUUUAUAUACUCCAAAUGCUUGAAUAAUAUUGAUGUAACUAAUUAUAUCGUCGAUUUGUUUUUAUUCAUAGAAAAUGAUCUUUUAUGGAUGACAUAAUAUAAUUAAUAGAUUAAUUGUUUAUGAAUUGUAGAGAUUACGAAUUAUUGAGAUUGUUACCACCCGGUGUAAAACAUGGAAUUGUCAAUCAAGUAAACUAUAGAAGACUGUCCACAUAGAGACACUUCGAAAAAAAAAAUAUAGCUAUUAAUCCCUUAUUGGUGUUUGUUACUUUUAAUAACAUUAUUAGAAAAUUGUUAACUGAUUUCAUAUUCAUAUAAAUAUUAUUCUAAAUGAAUUUCGUUUUAGAUAAGCAAAGUAUCUUUAUUAAUUAUAUGUUUUAUUGAAAGUUAGUAGUAAUUGUCAUGCCGAUGUAUGAGAUUUCCAUUUUAAACAUUGAUGUUAUAGUAUCAUGGUAUCUUAUUACUCACUAGUUAAUGUGGUCAGAGAAGUUUUGUGGAAAUUAUUAUCAAGAAUAACGUAAUUACAUUGAGUAUUAUCAUUGUCGCGUAGGCCUCUGCAUCCAAUGAUCAUAUUCGAUCCGUUGUUAGGUAAUAAACGUGUUGGUGUCUUAUUUAUAUUAUAGACGAGAUUACCGCGACUCACCCCCAUAGUUAUAUAUCAAAUAUACUCGUAAAUAUUUAAUAUUUACUUCUGUGAUCAGCUUAUUCUUUUCUUUCUAUAUCUUUAUUAUUGUUAUCGGAGACAUUCCUAGAGUACGUGUUACUUUGGUAUCAGAAACUCGUUUCGUGUUGUUGUAUCGGCUACCUGCGUUAAACAUUUCACUGCGGGCCUGAUUCCGCAAGGCGAAUUAGUAAGCACGGCUUACAUACUGUGUUAUUGUAAAGUAAUAUAUUAUUUUCAAAAUUUCAUAAUAACUUUGUGCAAUUAACAAUUUAUUUAUUUUUAUGGCUUAAUAUAAUAUUUAUUUUAGAAGUGUAACGAAUCUUCACGCAACAAUGAAGGAAUCCGAUGUUCCUAUGAUUUACACGUUUACAUCUAUUGCUGCUAAAUUGUGUACUACAGUCAAGCAUUCCAACUAUAUUCCACUUGUAAAUAGGCCUAACGAAUUUUACGACUAUUGAAUGUACAUCUUGCUUUAAUAUUGAAAAUGUAAAUAAAUCUGAUUUUAAAGAGCUUCGCAAGAGGCGUGUUUAGAUACAUAUUGUACGACAAUGGGAAAUUAUACUAUACUGUGUUGAGACUAAACGUUUUAAAUUAAUGAGAUAUAUGAUUAACGGGGAUAACAUCUCAUAUUGUAUUUGUGUUUGAAUAAGUAACGUAUAACGAAAUGUAUAUGUUUAUAAUAUAAUAUUUGAUGAUGUUAUGUAUACAAUUUAUUAAAUAUGAAUAUAUCAAUAAAACUAUAUUUUGUGUA